CUUGGUAGUAGAUUCUAGAACGCACUGAUGUUCAGAGCGAUGCUAGCAGCCAGCUAGUCGACAUGGAGGGGGUGAACGGCUCUUCGUUCAUGAAGUAUGGCUCAUUUGUAUCCAUUUUGGUUUUAAUACUGGCUUACACGUUCCGAACACCCCCGGACGCGAUGCUAGAUGACCGGCUGGACAACGUCCUGUCUUCGUUGCUACGAGCGGAGCGCAAAGUGGGCAUUGAUAUCAGAGCUCGACCCAAAGUGGCGAUCGGUUUCGGUGGGUGCGUGGACCUGAUAGUGGAUGGAGUAUCACUGAUGGAUGAGAUGGGGCUGUCCAGCACCCACCAGCCCCUGCACCAUGACUCCAUCGAGAACGCCCAACAACUUGCCCAGAGCUUCGCCUAUUUCUUCGCUCCGGGAGCCGCUUCAGAGCGUUUUGUGAUGAAUAAAACACUCUUCAGCGAGCUGGUGGAAACCUCUCGGGGGUUGCCCGGCAACCGAUGGGCAGUGGGUGGAAACGCCCCUGUGAUGGCAGGUCGCAUGGCAAACGAGGGCUGUGACGUUUUGCUAGGGGGAACCUUCAGCCCAGACUUUACCGAGGUCCUGUCCCAGCACAUCAUGGUGGCCGGUAAUGUAGUGGAGGAGCCAGACAUCCACCUGAUCCUCGAGUACCCCGCUGGGGCCAGCUGGGGCCCCUACACCUCCCGAAGGGCCAACAGGUACAUAGUCCACAGUGAUGACCAUAACCCCUACCUGGACUCCAUGGAUGACUUUGCAGAGAAACUUCAAGAUUUCGACCCUGAUCUUCUGGUGGUGGGGGGGCUGCAGAUGAUGGACAAUUUCCCCUUUAAGCCAGCGGAGAGAGCAGCUCUCCUCUCCCAGCUGGCAGACAUGAUGUCCUCCUCGUCCGCUCAGACGGGCAUCCAUUUUGAAAUGGCCAGUUUCGUGGAUGAAGGUCUGAUGAAGGACUUGCUCAACCUGGUGGUCCCGAACGCCAACUCUCUGGGAAUGAACGAACAGGAGCUGCCCAACCUGCUCAGCCUCCUGAAGGGCUCCAACAUCACCGUGCUCUCGGACCCCAACCCCCGCGUGGCCACCGUCCUGGACCAGAUGAGGGAGCUCUACAGCCUCCUCAACCAGCACCACCGGGCCGGCGACCGGGGAGCGGCCAGCGCCACGGGCCGCCGCCGGCUGACCCGGCUGCACGUCCACACGCUGGCCUUCCAGGCCAUGAUCGUGACCCAGGGCUCCCAGUGGAAGAACACCAUGUCGGCCACCGCCAAGGCCUCGCUCACGGCCAACCGCCACGUGUGCGGCUCCCCGGACAUCGACCCCAGCAAGGCGCGCCUCAUCAUGGACGACUCGUUCUCCGUCAGCCGCCAGGAGGGCAGCCAGCGCAUCAGCGUGGACGAGAGCCGGCCGGUCAGCUGCUGGCACGAGGACGACUACCAGGUCUGCGUGGCCCCCGUGCUGGUGUGCACCGAGGUGUACCAGACCGCCGGUGGCGGGGACAACGUCUCAGCCGCCGGGCUGGUGCUGCAGAUCUAGAGCGGCGUCACGGAAGGCCUCCCUCGUAAUACUUGAUGCGUGUGGAAGAAGUGGGCGCCCUCUGGUGUUUUAGGGAACCUGGACAGAUCGAUGUUUGACGGCGUUUCUAGGCGACUGCGUUUGGCCAGGCUAAUGGCACCUCUCCUCAGAAGCUAAUGCCAAAAAUGACUGUUUGUGACCUCUGGAUGAGUUCUUUGUAUGAUCUUGCAAAGUCCUCUUGUUUGUUUGU